AUGACAAUCCUCAGAACGUGCCUUAAACGUAUCCCCUGUAAGAGGCUCAAGGUUCAAGAGAUCAGGAUGAUUGAGGCUGACUUUUGGGUUUGGAUCCACGAUUUACCCCUCAUGGUGUUUAAUGACUACGUUGAGCGUUUAGUUGGGGAAUCCCUUGGUCAGAUCUUAGACCUGGAUCUCAAGGAAGAUGACUUAGCCUGGGGUGGAUUUUUGAGGAUUCGAAUUAGAUUAGACAUCAGUAAGCCAUUGCUAAGGAGGAAGAAGGUUUUGUUGGGUGAUGGGCAAGGCUACUGGGUUCGGUUUACCUAUGAGAGGCUUUCGGAUUUCUACUACCAGUGUGGACAUCUUGGCCAUGGACACCGAGAUUGUGAUGUCUUCAAACAAUUGGCAGUGAAAGAGUCAUCGGCGGGUUUCCUAUAUGGACGGCAACUGAGGGCGACACAAAUAGGUUUGAGUGCAAGGCGGUAG